GAUUUUUUUCUAAUUAUAGGAAUUAUUUGAUAUAGAAAUCUUGUGAGACCACCGCAAGUAGUGAUGAUUAUACAAAGAGUGGUAUUGAAUUCCCGACCUGGAAAAAAUGGUAAUCCAGUGGCAGACAAUUUCAGAAUGGAAGAAGUCAGUUUACCAGAUAAUAUCAAGGAAGGACAAGUUCAAGUUAGAACUCUCUAUCUCUCUGUGGACCCGUACAUGCGCUGUAAGAUGAAUGAAGACACUGGCACUGAUUAUCUAGCCCCUUGGCAGUUGUCUCAGGUGGUUGAUGGCGGAGGUAUUGGAAUUAUAGAAGAGAGCAAACACACAAAUUUGGCUAAAGGCGAUUUUGUGACCUCUUUUUAUUGGCCCUGGCAAACUAAAGCAAUUCUGGAUGGGAAUGGCCUUGAAAAGGUAGACCCACAACUUGUGGAUGGACAUCUUUCAUAUUUUCUUGGAGCUAUAGGUAUGCCUGGUUUGACUUCCCUGAUUGGAGUACAAGAAAAAGGUCACAUAUCUGCUGGGUCCAAUCAGACAAUGGUGGUCAGUGGAGCAGCAGGUGCCUGCGGGUCUUUGGCUGGACAGAUUGGCCACCUGCUUGGCUGUUCCAGAGUGGUAGGGAUUUGUGGAACGCAUGAGAAAUGCCUCUUUUUGACUUCAGAACUGGGGUUUGAUGCUGCAGUUAAUUAUAAAAAAGGGAAUGUAGCAGAACAGCUUCGAGAAUCCUGCCCCGCUGGAGUGGAUGUUUACUUUGACAAUGUUGGAGGUGACAUCAGUGAUACAGUGAUAACUCAGAUGAAUCAGAACAGCCACAUCAUCCUGUGUGGGCAAAUUUCUCAGUACAACAAAGAUGUGCCUUAUCCUCCUCCGCUGUCCCCUGCUGUAGAAGCAAUCCAGAAGGAAAGAAACAUUACAAGAGAGAGAUUUACUGUGUUGAAUUAUAAAGAUAAAUUUCAGCCUGGAUUGCUACUGCUGAGUCAGUGGUUUAAAGAAGGAAAACUAAAGAUCAAAGAGACUGUGAUAAAUGGAUUGGAAAACAUGGGAGUUGCAUUCCAGUCCAUGAUGACGGGAGGCAACAUAGGGAAGCAGAUCGUCUGUAUUUCAGAAGACUUUUCUCUGUAGUCUAUGUGUGUUUUCAUUAAGGAAGCCCUAAUUUUCCCCACUUUGCACAGAUUCUUAAGGUCUAUUUAAAAACUAUUCUAACAGUACAGAUAGUUCUUGAUUUAAGUGUGAUCAUAUUUUCCUAUUUACAUAACCUUUUUAUCUUCAGUAUCAUAUAUUAACUAUGUAUCUAAUGUGAUUGCUAACCAUAAUACAGUGAUUCUCAGCCCGUGGAUUAUGACCUCUUUAGAGUAAUCUAUCUAUCAGAUAUACUGCAUAUCAGACAUUUACAUUAUGAUUCACAGCAGUAGCAAAACCACAGUUAUAAAGUAGCAACAAAAUAAUUUUAUGGUUGGAGGUUACAACAUGAGGAACUGUACUAAUGGGUUGCAGCAUUAGGAAGACUGAGAACCACUGCCAUAGUAGAUUGAAGUUAGUAUCAUCUGUUUUUCUUUUAUUUUUGAGAUAGGAUCUCAAUAUGAAGUCCACACUGGCCUUGAACUUGUGAUUGUGGCCCUGCUUCCUGAAUGCUGGGGUCACAGGCAUAUACCACUCUGCCUGACUUGUUUUUCUUGUAAUAAUAACUAGCAAUAAUAAUUAUUUUGGAAAUGGAUCUGUUAGUAUAGCUCAGGCUGGACUGAUCCCUUGGGAUUCCAGGCACAUGCUACUCACUAUACUCAAAUAUUAUAAAAACCCCAGACAGUUAACACAGCUGUUAAUGUACAGUACAUAUACACCUUAAAUUAUUUUUGAAACUGAGAAAGCAUCCUACUAACCCUAAGAUCAGCAGCAGCUAAUGUUUGUUGAACUGGGGGAAUUUUUAACAUGUUUCUUAAAAUAAGAGUAUUAGAAUUGAGAUGGGCUUUCCAUAUUUUAUAUGGAAGAGAUUUUUAAAAGUACUAUGUACCUACAUGUCUGCCUGUACACCACAUGCAUAUGCGCCUGGUGCCGGCAGAGGCCUGAAGAAGGUAUUGGAUCUCUUGGAAUUGGAGAGAAUUUUGAGCUGCCAUGUAGGUGCUGGGUUCUUGAAUGCAGGUCCUCUGAUAGAGUAGCAGGUGCUCUUAACUGCUGAGCUAUCUCUCCCCAGCCAGCCAGAAGAGAGACUUUUAAUGGUACAAGUUCAUAGGGUUGGGGGCAGCAUUUGGGAGUAUCAGAUUGUGGAACAGUUUUGGGUUAGGAGUGGUAUGAGAAGAUAAAUGAAGUCAGUUAAGUUAGUGGGGAACUCAAGAGACCAGUUUUACACCCAAAUUACUGUGUAGCAAGCCUAACAAAAACUUGUGUUUACUUUAGGAAUAUAUAUAUAUAUUCUGUUAUGUAGCUUGCUGUGUAAUCCAGCCUGGCCCGGAACUCAAAGAUCUCCACCUGCCUGUGUACCUCUGGAGUGUUAGUGUUAUAAAGAGCACUUGGAAUUUCAUUGAUUAAAAUGGGUUGGGAGAGAGAUCAGGGCAGAAUUCUGGUCAGUAUUCUACGGCUCUUGGGGUUAAUCCCUAAUAGCAACCCCCACUCCCAACAACCCCAAGUAAAAAAGCUUCAGAAAAUGAUAGGACUGAGUAAAUUAAUCAAUUAUUAUAGGCAUGAAAAUUACAGAUAUAUUGAUGUACCUCAUUUGUUUUAUUAAUUGUAACUCAACCUUCAGAAAAGUAAACCUGAAGAUGUUU